ACUUAGAUCAUUUAGAUUUUACUGCACAAAGAUUAGGUUAUCCUGAUGAUGCAUCUCGUGAUCCUGAUGUUCUGAACAACUUUAUUGAAAAAGAAUUGUAUAAAAGAUUAGACUAUGCGAAUUAUAAUAUUCAAUCAAAAAAAUUCUCUCAAUACAUAGACCAAAGCCAAUCAGAAGAUGAUAUAAAUAAUGAAAGCACUCAAGAAGAAAGUAGCCAAGAAGAAAGUGACCAAGAAAUUAGCGAAAUUGAAUCCAGAGAAACCAAUUGCUUUAAUAUAAAAAAAAAAAUGGG